ACAGGCAGGAAUUAAAUCUACGCUUCUCUCCAACGUGCGUCUUGUCUGUCUGUCUGUCUGUCUCAGUCAGGAGCAGCAGCCAGCUGGCCAAGUGUUUCUUUUGGCUCCCUCACAGCCACUAUGACUAGCUACCGUUCCAGGGAGUUCAGUAGCCUCAGUAGCAGCUCCCCUACUACACCGGGAGCCUCUUUCAGCAGGAGGAGAGAACGGUCGUACUCCCCAUCUUCAAGAUAUGGGGCCUGCAGCAGCCCUACUAGAGGUGUCACCGCCGGCAGGAACAGUUUCAGCUCCUCGAGCCUCACUGGAUAUGGAAGUUCUGCUUAUCCCAAGGUCUCCUACAACAAGCGGCUGUUGACUCCCCUGAACCUGGAUAUCGACCCCUCCUUGCAGGCGAUACGGGCCAAAGAGAAAGAUGAAAUCAAGACGCUCAAUAACCAGUUUGCUGCCUUAAUUGGAAAGGUCCAGAGCCUGGAACAACACAACCAAAUCUUGCUUACGAGGUGGAGUUUCUUGAGAGAGCAAGACAACUCCCUUUCUGACUUGGAUAUCAAACUUCUCUACGACCAGUACAUGAACAAACUGAGGCAGCAGAUACGAUCUAUUGAUGUCGAGAAAGAGCAGCUGGACUUGGAACUUGAUGAAGUAUUGGAUGCCAUGGACAGCUUCCGGAGCAAAUACGAGGAUGAAAUAAACAAACGCAGUGCAAUGGAAUUUACCUUCACGACACUCAAAAAGGACCUGGACAACGGAUUCCUGCACAAAACUGAACUGGAAGCGAAACUGAAUGGACUUCAUGCUAUGGCAGAGUUAAUGAAAACUAUCCACGAGCAGGAACUUGAGGAGGCAAUGUCACAAAUCAAGGAUAUCUCAGUCGUUCUGGGGAUUGACAACAACAGAAUCUAUAUCGACCCACACAGGAUUGUAGAGGAUGUGAGGUCUCAGUAUGAAGCCCUGGCUAUCAGGAGCUGGGAGGAGUUAGAGGCACUCACAAGAAGCAAGCUGAGUGAAGGAGAGUUACAAUCUGCCAAAUAUGGAGAUCAUCUUCUUCAUAACCGGAGAAUUAUUGCUGAGCUGAAUAUACAGAUCCAGAAAAUGAGAUCUUGCAUCCUGUCAUUGAAAAGCCAGUGCCUCCGUCUAGAAGGGACCAUCAAAGAAGUUGGAUCACAGGGCGAAGCGGCACUUAAUGAUGCCAAAGCCAAACUGGCUAGCUUGGAGGAAGCCCUUCAGAAUCUCAGGCAGGACCUGGCUCACCUGGUUAAGGAGUACCAAGAGCUGAUGAAUAUUAAGCUGGCCUUAGAUAUAGAGAUUCUUACCUACAGGGAGCUGAUGGAAGGGGAAGAGAUCAGCAUGGAGUCCCCGGCAUUUGCUUUCAUUAGCAGGAUCUACUCUGGCCCAAAAUUCUCUUCAUCACACUCCAGUGUCAUGACCACGUCAAAUACAGCGUCCAGAGCAAGAGAAGAUUCAGCAGAAAGAAUGAGCCAUAGGGGAGGCGCUCUGGAAAGUGGACUCUCUAGAAGCCAGAGCGGUAGUACUAGUGGUGGUGACUUCUCUAGAAGCCACAGUAAUGUGAGUGGAGGAGCCCCAAAAGCUUUAAAAAAUCACAGCAGUACAAGCAGAGGUACUUUGGAGAGCAGUCUUUCUAGAAGUCCUAGCAGCAGAAGUGGAAACCUUGCCGACAUCGAAAACACCACAGAAAGCAGCGUAUCUAGAAGCCAUGGGAGUGGGAGCUUUUCACAGCCUGGCAUUUCCAGGAGGGAUAAUGUAGAAGGUGGUCUUUCUAGAAGCGCCAGCGGAGGCACUUCGGAAGGCAGCCUUUCUAGGAGCCAAAGCAACAGAAGUGGUGCUUUGACUGAUAGUGUAUUUGCUAGAACCACCAGCGGUGCGAGUGAAGGUUCUGAAGGGGACAGCCGUUCUAGAAAUCAAAGUCAUAGAAGUGUAGGAUUUUCACCAUCCAGCUUUAUCCAAACCCAAAGUGGGGAGGGCACUCCAGAAAGUGCUUUUUCUAGAGAUGCCAGCCGUGGAAGCAGCAGCACCCCAGAGGGUACCUCUUUUAGAAGCCAAAGGGACAGAACUGAGAGCGGUUUUGUGAGAACUCAGAGUGGUGAAAGUAAAGGAGUUUCAGAGGGCAGCCUUUCUAGAAGCCAGAGUGAUAAGAAUGAAGAAUUUGCUGAGCCGAAUGUUUUAAGAACCAACACGGCUGAAGACGGUGGUGUCCCAGUGGGUGGUAUUCCUAGAAGUCAUAGCAGGGCGAGCAGGGGCAGCUCAGAAGGCAGGCUUUCCAGAAGCCAGAGUGAUAAAAAUGAAAGCCCCCACAGCCAUGGAAGUGAAAGCUAUGCUGAGGCCACCAUUUCCAAAACUAAUUCUGCUGAAGACGGCGGAGUCCCAGUGGGUGGCAUUUCUAGAAGUCAUAAUGUGGCAAGCAGAUACACAUCAGAGGAUAGCUUUUCUAGAAGCCAGAGCGAAAAAGCCGAAUCCCAGAGCAGCAAGAGAAGAGGAGGGUCUGUUGAGCCCACCAUUUCUAGAACCAACAGUGCUGAAGAUGGCGGGGUCCCAGUGGGUGUCAUUCCUAGAAGUCAGAGUGAUGUAAGCAGGUACAACCCGGAUCGUAGCCUUCCUAAAUGCCAUAGUGGUGAAGACGAUGCCCGCAGUACCCAUAAAAGGGAAGCGUAUGCUGAGCCUACUGUUUAUAGAACUGGCAGCCUUUCUAGAAGCCUAAGAGAUCAAAGUGGUGUUUCUAGAAGUCAGAGUGACGGAGCCAGAGGCACCCCUGGGGCGAGCGGUUUUAGAACUCCAAGCGUCACAAGUGCGGCCUUAACGGACAGCGUCUUUCUUGCAACUCCCUGCAGUGCAGGUGAAGAUGUUCAUGAGGACAUGCUUUCGAGAGUUCACAGUGGGACAACGGAAAAUGUCCCCGAGGCUGGUCUUUCCAGAAGUCGGAGCGGUGGUAGCGAAGGUCCUGUAGAGACAUCCACUCCAAUCUGCUACAGCAGCCGAAACGAUGAGGCCAUGGAACGUGGCCUCUCUAGAAGCCACAGUGGAGAAAGUGGGAGCUUCCGAACGGCUGACUCUCAUAGAAGCCCCAGUGGGGCAAGCCGAAGCGGCCUCUCCAGAAACUGCAGCAAAGAAACUGAUUCUAUUUCAGAGGGUAAACUUUCUAGAAAUGAUAGUUAUCUGACUGCAGUUUCACACCCUGGAGUUUCUAGAACCUACAGCAGUGAGGCUGAAGAUAACCUUUGUAGCAGCCCCAGCGGUGGAGUAGAAGCUCCAGUGAGUAGCCCUGGGGAUGGGAAUGAAACCAUUCCACAGAGGGGCCUUGGUGGAAGCCACAGGCACAAGUAAGUCUUGUCCCAAAUCCCAAGCAGUGAGUCAGCAAGUCCAAGUUCUGCCUACUUAGUUGAUGAGGUUCGCUCUGAUAACCACCACCACUUUCCAGUCAAGGAAAUAAGCUAUUAUAGUGAAUUCAGCUCCGAAGAAUAGGUGUCCCACAAGCACAGGAGUAAGAUUCAGAUACUUUAUCCUCCAAGUCCCAUUCCAUCUAUUGGACCACAGAUGGGAAUUCAUAUUAAGUUUUCCAUUGUCAAGGUUAACAGUCAGAAAUUGGACUUAAGAGGACAUUGCGAGGACAAGAUCGUAGCAUAAUGUCUCUUCUUUAGGAGGGAAAAGCAAUAUACAAGAUGCAGUUAUAAACCAGGCAAUAACCUCAGGGAACCAUACACAAGUAUAGUCUUUUGUCCAGUAUUAUAAGCACUGCAGUUUCUCCUUCCUCUCCCCCUUUUCUUGUUUAAUUUCUUCAAACUUUUUAAUAAUUCAAGGCAAGUUGCAUGAUGCUGCACAAGGAAUUUUAUCAGUGGAGUCCUUUCACUGCUGAUUUUCUGGCUGCUUUUAAGGACCCAAGUUUAUCUGCUGAAUUCUUAAGAGAGAUUUCUUUUUCACUUGGGCAGAGGGCUCUGAAAUUUAAAGAAGCUUAAAGAUCAUUAGUUCUUGAAUGCUUCCAGUUUUACUAAAUGUAUAAUAAUAAUAAUAAUAACAUUCGAUUUAUAUAUCGCCCUUCAGGACAACUUAAUGCCCACUCAGAGUGGUUUACAAAGUAUGUCAUUAUUAUCCCCACAACAAAACACUCUGUAAGGUGGGUGGGGCUGAGAGAGCUCCAGAGAGCUGUGACUAGCCCAAGGUCACCCAGCUGGCUUCAAGUGGAGGAGCGGGGAAUCAAACCCAGUUCUCCAGAUUAAAGUCCCACACUCUUAACCACUACACCAAACUGGCUCCCAAACCAAUGUUUGAUUGUUUGUAAUAAACCAAUGUUUGUUUGUUUGUUUUAAACUAUAGGGCCAGUAUCACAUAGUGGCUUCAGGUACAUACAGGCAUAUGUCCCCCAAAGGUCAUUCCAUGCCACUGCCAGAGAUAAUAAACUGCCAGACUUACAGUCAUGUCCUAAGCAGAGUUACCCUCUUUGAAGCCCGUUGACUUCAAUGCUCUGCUUUGGAUUGCACUAUUUAGAGUCGAGUUUUCCAACACAGGAAACCUAAUAUGAGUUUCUGGAGCUAAGGGUUUGCACCAGGACAAGGGCUGGGACCAAGCCUGGCUUGAAGUGCAAGAAGUCUAGGCUCCUUUACAUUAAUACAAGGACCAUCCAAUCCACAGACUUCAUACUGCCUACAGGAGCAAGUAUUGCACACACUUAUUCCGUACAAUGUCAGAAGAAGCCUGAGUCUGGGGCAGCUCGCCAGCCUAAAUCCCAGCCAGCCACUGAAAUCCCUGACAGGAAUAGAUACACUCCACUGAAAAGCAGCUUCACAGCUGCUUUUUAACAGCAUGGAAUCCAGGGCCUUUUUUCAGCGGGAAUGCGGUGGAACGGAAUUCCAGCACCGCUUGAAAAUACUUGGCAAUAGCACAUAAAAAUAAUAUUAUUUCAAAGAAUCCCGUGUGUUUCUCCCUCAUUUCCCUCUUGAGAGUUUCACCACCUCUUUUCCCAGAAAAGAAAAAAAAAAACCUGAUGGAAUCUAUAAGCAAACCCAUUUGGAUGUAUGCAGAGAGCUCCAUUCUGCAUGCCCGCUUUGGACCACAUGAUGAUAUAACUGAGGGCAAAUGAGGAUAACUGAAAGUGAGGGCAAGUGAAGUCAGUUCUUUGUCAAUAUCAGACACAUGGAUGGCUCCAUCCAUCGCAAUAGGAAGCCUGUCAGAUUUAGAUAUUUGUUGAUGUUGUUGAGGGUAAGUGAAUUGAGGUCAGUGAAAGAGUAGGCAAUACAAGUGAGCAGGUCAACGUUUUAAACUGCAGUUAAACAGCAGUGCCUACAGUUUGGUCAUUUGAAUGAAAAAGUGGGUUCUUUCAUCUCAACCAUGAGGCAAUUACCUUAGUUUGGAUUAGGGCCUUUAUGUUCUCACUAGCUCAGUAUAAAUAGUAAAUAAUAAUGAGCACAUAGAAAAAUUAGUUUCGAGAGUUCCUCAAGGUUACAGUUCCAUGAGUUGUGUACAUACUUGCAUUGUGAAUUAGCACUGUGUCUCAAUAUGUGUUAACAGUCUGCUGUAUAACUUAUAUGUUGUUAUAUCUUUGGGGGAAAACUGUAAAUACACGUGUAGCAAAGACCUAGAAGAUGGUAGGACCGAAUAGGGUUGAAAAUUGGACAAAGAAUGCACUGACAUGCUUUAAAUAUAGGAAGGAGGAAAAAUAUUUAAAAAGGAAUUACUGGCUUCAAAGAGAUCAUUAGAAGACACCAUUAGGAGACCAGAAUAUCAAGAAAACCGGCAAUGCUGUGGAAAAUUACAAGAGAAGAGAGGAGAGAGGAUGACUCUGGAAUGUGAAAUGAUUACAACUGAGAUCUACUUCAAAGAAAAAAAUAAAGAGGGAGAAGUUUGAAGUUUCUUUUCCUCAAAAAUUAAGGAAGACUUAAAUAUUAAACAAUUUUUAAGCUAAGGAUUUCACCACUAGAUUGCAUAUGAAAGGCAGACGUUACAGUAAAUAAGACAAGCAUCCACUGUGAGCUUAGUUGUUAUUUCUUUUAGGAUAUUUAUUGGUAUUUACGAAGAUAAUAUGUUAAGUGUUGCCUAUAUAUUUGCGUAACUUAUUUUGGAACUUCUAACUUAAUACUUAGUUUCUUCUAAUUAAAAUAUAUACCACAUGGUAGCAGUUCUAUGUACUAGGAUGAAAAUACUUCUGCCAUUGGCUUACAUUCGUGCAACCUUAUUGGGACUGUGGGCAAAGAUGUUCAACAUAUUUUGUGGCUACUUGUAAAUCCCAGAAUGGGCUCACAUGUCUGAAUUUCCAUUUCCCCAAUGGAAAUUUUCACUUGUGUUGUAAAAAAAAAUACAUGCGAUAUGCCUUUUCGACUGAAGACAUGGAACAGGUUACUAAAAGACAGCAGGCCUCAAUGUUGAUAAUAUUUUGAAAAGCACAUUGGAUGAACCUUCAAUUUGGGCUGUUUUUUUGUAUUUUCUUGUUGACAAAUGUUGGCAAGAUCAGAUUUUACAACCACUGGGUUUUUCACCCAACAGCUAGAUUUUAAUUUUCACAAUAAAUUUAUUGAAUAGAGGUUUUUAAUUGAGUCUUCAGGCUCAUAAAGAUUAAAAGUCAUCACAGUCUAUGGAUGAUUUCACUGUGACAGGCUAAGCUUUACAAUUCUGUGUCCCGUCCUCUCACAGAGCCGACUCUGUAUGGUUAAAAUGGUAGUGCCAUAAGAAAACUUCCCCAACAGGAUUGCACGGCACAUUUUAUGGCAAGAACGUCUUUGUAUACUUCCACUGAAUUGUACUAAAAUAUGCUUUCCUCUUCAGUUUUAUUGGAUAUAUUAAUAAAAGUGUUGAGGUAUAUAAUGA